UCUCCCCCCCUGCUAAUUAAGUGACAGCCAGUAUGUACAUGGAACAGAUGCAGAGUUAAGAGACGGUUUCUUUUAGAUGUCUCUUAGCUGACGAAGAAACUGCAUCGUGCACAGUUAUUAAUCAGAGCGCUGUUGUAACAUAAGUUUGUUUUUCCCACCUUUCUAGCUUCUCAUUGGUGUAUUUCUCCGGAAUCGUAUUUCCUAAAUUAUUGACUCUUCCCCCGUGACAGAUUCAGGGGCUGCAAAGGAGCUAGCGACUAGGUCGAGGGGAUAUUCCCUGACAAUUCAUUUUAUUUUUUUAUUUCGAUGCUGGUCCAGCUUUGGUGUAUAGUAUGUUUGGAAACUUUUUUUGUAAAGAAGGAAGAAGGCAUAUAAGAUAUUAAAGCGAGUGAAUAAAGUUAGCAGUCUUGAAUAGAUGCAGAGCUCAUCCAGUGACUAGAUGUCUACAUCAACAGACCCUGGUGCCAUGCCUCAUCCUGGCCCUUCUCCAGGACCAGGGCCUUCACCAGGACCAAUCUUAGGUCCCAGCCCAGGACCUGGGCCUUCUCCAGGCUCUGUACACAGCAUGAUGGGGCCAAGCCCAGGACCACCCAGUGUUCCGCAUCCCAUGCCACCUCAGGGACCUGUUGAUUACACACAGGACAGCAUGCAUGCUUUGCAUAAACCGAUGGACGUUAUGCAUGACAAAGGAAUGAAUGAAGAAAUGCAUUAUGGUCCCAUAAAAAGCAUAGGAAUGAGACCAGCACAUCCUGGAAUGGGCCCACCACAGAGUCCCAUGGAUCAGCAUAGUCAAGGUUACUUAUCUCCUCACCCAUCACCAAUGGGAGGUCCUGAACUUGUUCCCAGCCCAAUGUCAGGAGGUGGUCCCACUCCACCUCAGAUGCCACCAAGCCAGCCUCCUGGACCUAUGAUGACUGGAGACCCACAGAGUAUGAGUCAGCAGAGCAGAUGUCCUUCUUCUUUCAGUCCAGUUCAGCUACAUCAGCUUCGGGCACAAAUCUUAGCCUACAAAAUGUUAGCCAGAGGUCAACCUUUACCUGAUAGUGUACAACUUGCAGUUCAGGGUAAAAGAACUUUGCCUGGAAUGCAGCAACCACAACAGCCACCACAGCCACAACAACAGAGUACACCUUCACCGUACAGUAGACCACCAGGCAUGAUGAUGCAUACAGUAGGAGGUUCUCCAGCUGGGCCAGGACCUGUGCCUGGUGCAGGAGGUGCAGGACCAGGACCUGCAUCAGGAAUGCCAACACAUGCUCCUUCCAUGGCUACUAAACCAUGGACUGAAGGUCAGCCAACAGAUGUUAUUGCAUCAAACACUCCUCAGAAGCUUGCUGUCCCACCACCAAGUGGAAGACCUUCUCCAGCACCACCAGCUGCACAGCCUACAUCUGCUAUGCCUGUGUCAUCCUUACCACAGCAGACCCCAGGCCAGCCUUCACCUGUCAUUCAGUUACAGCAGAAACAGAAUCGAAUAACCCCUAUUCAGAAACCUCAGGGGUUAGAUCCUGUUGAAAUACUCCAGGAACGGGAGUACAGGCUUCAAGCUCGAAUUGCUCACAGAAUUCAAGAAUUGGAAAACUUACCUGGUUCUUUGCCACCAGAUUUGCGAACUAAGGCCACAGUUGAACUAAAAGCACUUCGGCUGCUUAAUUUUCAGCGGCAGCUAAGGCAAGAAGUGGUGGCCUGUAUGCGGCGUGACACAACAUUAGAGACUGCACUCAACUCCAAGGCCUACAAACGCAGCAAAAGACAAACUCUGAGGGAAGCUCGCAUGACGGAGAAAUUGGAAAAGCAACAAAAAAUUGAGCAGGAACGAAAACGAAGGCAAAAGCACCAGGAAUAUCUGAACAGCAUUCUUCAACAUGCAAAAGACUUCAAAGAGUAUCAUCGUUCUGUUACUGGAAAAAUUCAGAAACUUUCCAAAGCUGUUGCAACUUGGCAUGCCAACACAGAGAGGGAGCAAAAGAAAGAGACCGAGAGAAUUGAAAAAGAAAGAAUGAGAAGAUUGAUGGCUGAAGAUGAAGAAGGAUAUCGUAAGUUGAUUGACCAGAAGAAGGAUAGACGUCUGGCGUAUCUGCUACAACAGACAGAUGAAUAUGUUGCUAAUCUCACCAGCCUGGUUUGGGAACACAAGCAAGCACAGGCUGCCAAAGAGAAAAAGAGAAGAAGGAGAAAGAAGAAACCAGAAGAAAGCACAGAAAAAAUUGGCUCAGGCUUAGGUCCUGAUGGUGAGCCAAUAGAUGACAGCAGCCAAAUGAGUGAUCUUCCUGUCAAAGUAAUCCGUACUGAGACUGGUGAAGUUCUUUUGGGACCAGAAGCACCAAGGGCUAGUCAGCUAGAUACCUGGCUCGAAAUGAAUCCUGGGUAUGAAGUUGCUCCUAGAUCAGACAGUGAAGAAAGUGGUUCUGAAUAUGAAGAAGAGGAUGAAGAUGAAGAGCCUCCUAAGACUGAUUUAGAAGAAAAGAAGAGAGUUGAUCCUGAAGAAGUAUCUGAAACAGAUGCCAAGGAAAUCAUUGAAUCAGCUAAGCAAGAUGUAGAUGAUGAGUACAAUCCGAAGACCGGAACUAGUGGUUCUCAGUCAUAUUAUGCAGUGGCUCACCAAGUGAUAGAAGAGGUGCAGAAACAGUCCUCUCUGCUUGUGAAUGGUUCUUUAAAGCAUUACCAGCUUCAAGGUUUGGAGUGGAUGGUUUCAUUGUAUAACAACAAUUUGAAUGGAAUUUUGGCUGAUGAAAUGGGACUAGGAAAAACCAUACAGACUAUUGCCCUAAUCACUUAUUUGAUGGAACACAAGAGACUUAAUGGACCAUAUCUCAUCAUUGUCCCUCUUUCAACUUUAUCUAACUGGAUUUAUGAGUUUGACAAGUGGGCUCCUUCAGUAGCAAAGAUUUCCUACAAGGGUACGCCAACCAUGCGACGCUCACUUGUUCCGCAUCUUAGAGGAGGAAAAUUCAAUGUACUUCUGACCACUUAUGAAUACAUCAUUAAGGAUAAGCAUAUUCUUGCUAAGAUUCGUUGGAAGUAUAUGAUAGUAGAUGAAGGUCAUCGUAUGAAGAACCACCACUGUAAGCUAACACAGGUUCUGAACACCCAUUAUGUUGCUCCUAGACGGAUCCUUUUGACAGGAACUCCAUUGCAAAAUAAGCUACCAGAAUUGUGGGCCCUUCUAAAUUUUCUGUUGCCUACAAUCUUUAAGAGCUGCAGUACUUUUGAACAGUGGUUCAAUGCUCCGUUUGCCAUGACUGGAGAAAGGGUGGAUUUGAAUGAAGAAGAAACUAUACUGAUCAUCCGUCGUCUUCACAAGGUUCUGCGCCCUUUCCUCCUAAGGAGACUGAAGAAGGAAGUAGAGUCGCAGCUUCCUGAAAAGGUUGAAUAUGUGAUCAAGUGUGACAUGUCUGCUCUUCAGAAGGUUCUCUAUCGUCAUAUGCAAGGCAGAGGGAUCCUCCUUACUGAUGGCUCAGAGAAAGACAAGAAGGGAAAAGGAGGAGCCAAGACAUUGAUGAACACCAUCAUGCAACUAAGGAAGAUAUGCAACCACCCCUUUAUGUUCCAGCAUAUUGAGGAAUCAUUUGCUGAGCAUUUAGGAUAUUCCAGCAACUAUAUAAGUGGUCCUGAACUUUAUCGGGCUUCUGGAAAAUUUGAACUACUAGAUCGCAUUCUGCCUAAACUUCGAACAACUAAUCAUAGGGUUUUGUUAUUCUGCCAGAUGACAUCCCUUAUGACUAUCAUGGAGGAUUAUUUUGCUUUCCGUAAUUUCAAGUAUCUUCGUCUAGAUGGUACUACAAAAUCUGAAGAUCGGGCUGCGUUGCUUAAGAAGUUCAAUGAGCCAGAUUCAGAUGUUUUUGUCUUUUUGUUAAGCACCAGAGCAGGAGGACUGGGGUUAAAUCUUCAGGCAGCUGACACUGUCAUCAUCUUUGACAGUGACUGGAACCCACAUCAGGACUUGCAAGCUCAGGAUAGAGCCCACCGAAUUGGUCAACAAAAUGAAGUCAGAGUACUACGUCUGUGCACUGUGAACAGUGUGGAAGAAAAGAUUCUUGCUGCAGCAAAGUAUAAACUCAAUGUUGACCAAAAAGUUAUACAGGCUGGCAUGUUUGAUCAGAAGUCCUCAAGCCAUGAAAGAAGAGUAUUUCUGCAAGCCAUCUUAGAGCAUGAAGAACAGAAUGAGGAAGAAGAUGAAGUACCCGAUGAUGAGACGUUGAAUCAGAUGAUUGCUCGAAAUGAAGAGGAGUUUGAACUUUUCAUGCGUAUGGAUAUGGAUCGUCGUAGAGAAGAUGCUCGAAAUCCAAAACGCAAGCCCCGCUUAAUGGAAGAGGAUGAUCUUCCAUCUUGGAUCCUUAAAGAUGAUGCUGAGGUUGCAAGACUUACCUGUGAAGAACAACAUGAAAAAAUAUUUGGAAGGGGAUCACGCCAACGCAGGGAUGUGGAUUACAGUGAUGCUCUCACAGAAAAGCAGUGGCUUAGGGCAAUUGAAGAUGGCAACUUGGAGGAAAUGGAAGAAGAAGUACGUCUUAAGAAACGGAAACGUCGGAGGCAUGUGGACAAAGACUCUGGAAAGGAGGAUGGGGAAAAAGCAAAGAAAAGAAGAGGCAGACCUCCAGCAGAAAAAUUCUCUCCAAAUCCACCCAAGCUGACCAAACAAAUGAAUGCCAUCAUUGAUACUGUAAUAAACUACAAAGACAGUUCACAACGACAGUUAAGUGAUGUUUUCAUUCAGCUGCCCUCAAAAAAAGAGUUACCUGAAUAUUACGAACUAAUCCGAAAGCCUGUGGAUUUCAAAAAAAUAAAGGAAAGAAUUCGUAACCAUAAAUAUCGGAGCAUUGGAGACCUUGAAAAAGAUGUCAUGUUACUUUGUCACAAUGCACAGACAUUCAACUUGGAAGGCUCUCAGAUUUAUGAAGACUCUAUUGUACUUCAGUCAGUAUUUAAGAGUGCUAGACAGAAGAUUGCUAAAGAAGAUGAGAGUGAAGAAGAAAGCAACGAUGAGGAAGAAGAUGAGGACGAGGAAGAUGAUGAUGAAGAGUCAGAGUCAAAAUCAGUUAAAGUAAAAAUUAAGCUUGGCAGGAAGGAUGAAAAAAAUCGUGAUAAAGGCAAAGGCAAGAAACGACAAAGCCGUGGAAAACCAAAGCCUGUUGUGAGUGACGAUGACAGUGAGGAUGAUCAAGAUGAAAAUGAACAGUCAGAAGGAAGUGGAAGUGAUGAUGAAUGAAGCACUUGAAACCUGAUUUUUUUGUCUACUGUAAAUUCAUAAUUCGUGUAUUUGGUUUGUUAAACAAAGACUUGUUUCUGUUUGUUUGUCAGUAAUUGUACAAUAAUAUAUAGUAUUCAAACCUGUGGUGUCUUUAUGUAAAAAAAAUCUUUGUAAUAUAAUAUGAUAAAUAGGCCACAAAUUUGAAAUGUCUUCUUUUAAAAGGUAGAGGAAAAAGAUUUUUCUAAUAUUGAGAUGGUAUAACCAAUGGUUAUAUAAUUUUUAGAUCCCUGCAAUACACAUUGAUGCACAGAGACAUGCUGUAAGCAGCACAAGUAGAUGGAUAUAUAUGCCUUUUAUCAUGAUGUUGGCUACAGUCAGCCAUUGUAUAUAAAUAUAUCUAUAAUUUUUUAUCGAUGUUUAAUUUUUACUGUGGUGUAAAAAAAAAGCUUGGUUAAAUAUACUGGUAAUUGUACAUUACUUCUCUCCAUAUCAUUUGUUUUAUGCGUGAUAAAUGGUAAAAAUGCCAUUUUGUUGUCUUUACAUUUUAAUGCUGUUAAAAAAUGUAUUUGCUUUUAAUCCCUGUGGAUUUAAAACAUGCUUCGAGCACAGCUAAAAAAAAGAAAAAAUCUUCUGGCAAAUGUUAAAAUACUGGAUAUGGUUGCUUCCAGAAAGGAAUUUUGUGAGAAGCUUGGAUAAUCACCUUUCCCUUAAGUGUACUUAAUCUUUGCUUUCUUUGCACAUUGUCUUUGGUUGUAAGUCAGAGCCUGAGGCAAAUAAAAUUUCAAUAAUUUUGAACAACUCA